AUUUUUCCCCUUAAAAGGACCUACUCCGCGCAGUAGGUAGCGAGUCCUUUUGACUUCUCCGGCGCUCCGUCGGCCUUGCCCCGCUCAUCCUCCCACGGACGUCCGAUGGUGCCUGCUGCCAUGGCGACACUGCUGCGCCGGGCUCUGCGCCCCCUCCGCCCGCUCCAGGGCCGCCCCGGGCCUGCUGCAGGUGUGCCCCUCCGAGCCGCGAGCCAUGGCGCCGGCCUGCUCUACCCCGAACACAUCCCCACCUCCCUGCUGCAGAAGGCGCUGCUGGCCGCCGGCUCUGCCGGAAUGGCGCUCUACAACCCGUAUCGCCACGACAUGGUCGCAGUUCUAGGGGAGACCACAGGACGCCGUACCCUGAAGGUCCUCAGGGACCAGAUGAGGAGGGAUCCGGAGGGUUCCCAGAUCCUGCAAGAGCGCCCCCGGAUCUCACUCUCCACCCUCGACCUGGGCAAGCUCCAGAGCCUACCUGAGGGCUCCCUCGGCCGCGAGUAUCUCCGUUUCCUGGAUGUGAAUAGGGUCUCUCCAGAUACCCGGGCACCCACCCGAUUCGUGGAUGAUGAGGAGCUAGCGUACGUGAUCCAGCGGUACCGGGAGGUGCAUGACAUGCUCCACACCCUGCUGGGGAUGCCCACCAACAUCCUGGGAGAGAUCGUGGUGAAGUGGUUUGAGGCUGUCCAAACCGGCCUGCCCAUGUGCAUCCUGGGUGCACUUUUUGGACCGAUCCGACUCAGUGCCCAGAGCCUGCGAGUGCUGGUCUCCGAGCUGAUCCCAUGGGCAGUUCAGAAUGGGCGCAGGGCCCCGUGUGUCCUCAACCUGUACUACGAGCGGCGCUGGGAGCAGCCCCUGAGGGCUCUACGGGAGGAGCUGGGCAUCACGGACCCUCCAUGCACGUCGACGGCCUGGCCCAGGCCCUGAGCCGCUGAACCAGAGGGGCCUGGCCCGGCUUCCCUUGGGGGCAGAGGACUCCUUUACCACUACCUUUGUUUCUUUUCUUUGAACACUGACCCUUGGACAUCA